AUGUCCACCGGAAACAUUGUUGGCGGCCACAAGGCUACUUUGAACAACCCCAAUGUCUCGGAGGAUGCCAAGCAGCACUCUCGACAGGUGCUCGAUGACGAGUUCCAGGGCGGUCAGUACGAGUCUCCUCAAGAUGGACAAAAGAACCCUGGUAAUUUUGCUGGGGGCUUGAAGGCCACGCUCAACAACCCGAAGGUCUCUGAUGAGGCGAAGCAUAGCGCUCAGGAUAGACUUAAUAACACUGAAUUUGGGGACCAGCGGACUGUUGCUUGA